AUGCAUACCUAUAGGACUGUGGGAAAAUGUGAAAUGAAAUCUGUAUACAUUCAAGUGACAGAGCUCGAAAUAGAAGAUGCAUAUGGCAACAAACCUAUGCCAGUUUGGGGUACAAAUGGUGGUCAGAGCUCUGGUGAAUUAUCAAUAGCUGAGUGCUUAAAAGCAGCUGCAGAAGCUGAACUGCAGAAUCAGUUAAAAGAUGUCACAACCUAUUCUACAUCAGAAUCUGGAGAAAUCAAGCCAGAAGUUGCUUCAGGAUAUGUUUUUGAUGAAUCCUCUGGAUUGUACUACCAUUCAGCCACUGGAUAUUAUUGGGAUCCAAAUUCUGGACUGUUCUAUGACUACACAACUAAAGCUUAUUACAAGUACAAUGAGGCAACAGGAGGAUAUGAGGUUUAUUCUCAGGCUGAAGUAUCAAGACAAAUGCAAAUACCAGACAGUGAAAACAAGGAGUUGUACACAGACAAAUCAAGCAUUCCAUAUAAUAUAGACAUCAUAUCUUCAAGGUUUUCACAAAUGAAAAUUGAUCUACAGAGUUGUAACAUUUGUCAGGUUAUGUCACCAACACAUUUUUUCUUAUUUUCUUUUCAGACAAAGAACAAAAGACACAAGAAGCACCGGAGCAGAACCAAGGAAGGAGAAUCAAGUGAUAAUUCCAGCCAAAAAUUGAAGAAACACAUAAAGUCAUCACCAGACAAAAUUGACAGCAAUGUGUCUGCUGAAAAUAUGGAUAAAAGCAGUACAGUGUUAAUGACAAAACAACAAGAAAGUGUGGAUGUUGAAGAUCUUGUUGAAGAAGAAUGCAGUGCAGACAAGAUGCUGGCAGAGGAAGAUAUUGAGCACAACAGUGAAUCAUCACAUAGUUGCACAAGCAGUGAUUCAGAGUCUUCUUCAGAAUCUGGAGAGCUGACUGCUGAAAGUUCUUCAUCAGAUGUGGAAAUGAUAGAGAUAGAGCAUCCACCAGUUGCCUAUGAAUCCAUAACAGAAAUGGCAGAGGAAUACCCACCCUGUAUACGAGUUAUCGUACAGAGUUCGGAUCACCUCAAGUGUGGGUCAUUGUAUAUAAUAACAUGCACUGGUGGUUAUGUUGGCCGGGAAAAGAACAAGGGACUUGCAAUUCAAAUAGAUGACCUCAGUGUCAGCAAGCUUCAUGCUGAAAUUGCUUUUGACUAUGAAGAACACUGCUACACACUCAGAGACAAAGGAAGUCAAAAUGGCACAGUUUUAAAUGGAGUAAAAUUAUCACAG